AAGGACCAGCAUCUCCACUUUGCCCCUUUAUUCCUCUACUAACAUUCCCCUGCUGUCCUGGCAGAGCGGCUGCUGGGGAUUUAGCACCCUGCAUUUUGCUAAAAUGUCUCUGACUUACAGUCAGUCAGUGGUCCAGCACCCUCUGGAGGGCCCCACGGCCCAAGCACCUCCGUGCAGCGGCAUAGCCCAAGCCUGAGUUUUGCAGAGCACAGAACUGGAGGCAGGUGCAGUUCCCAAAUUGCUGAGACCGACAGACACUACGAAGCCAGACAAGUCUGUGUGUGUUUCCCUGCUGGCACCGCCUUCCUGCCUGGGAGCCUGUCCUGCUGGAGAGGAAUUUCCGCGGCCCUUACAUUCUGGUGGGAUGCCAAGAGCCUGGAUCAGAUCACCAUGACCAGAUCACCAUGACGACUCCACCAACACUCCCCGAGGCGGUAAGGCAAGGCCAUAAGGGCUCUCUAGCUCCCACAGGUAGGACGGGACAGCCACAGCGACGCUGCCAGUGCUGCACAGCUCCCAGCAUCACCUCGGCCACCCCUAUAACCGCUCCUCCAGGCUUCCACCAGCCCAGGAAGCACAUUUUUGAAGCAACAGUUGGCCUCCGCAGCUUAAGGCUGCUCAAAUUAGGUCUGAGCAGAGUUCUCUUUCUAAAGGUGGAGACAAUGGACAAGGAAAAUGAAAAUGCUGCCCUUGAGGAAACAGUAGGGAUGAUCGUCGCAAAUGUGAUACGUGGUGCAACAGAACAAUUCCUAGACCUGCAGAAAAAAGGGAAAGAAGCUGAAUAUGUUGCCAAAAAUAUUCAGUGGACCACCUGCAAGGACUUCACAGUGGAGAGAGGACGGCAGCAGAUUGAAGAAUACAUUUCCCAGACAUGGGAGGUUCAUGAAAGCUGGCUUUACUGGUCAGAAUUUCUCCGUGAAGAGGAACUGAUGUACAGCAAGAGGUACCACUACAGAGUUCUCUGGAGCAUCCCGACACGCAGAAAACCCAUCCCACAAGCGACAGCAAGCGUCUACUUCGUUAUAGAGAUCUCCAAAAUCAAACCUGCUACCUUGCCGGUGGAGGUAUUCUUCUUUCUGGAGUCCAGCAGGCUGAUUCUCAGGCCAGAACAAUGUCGAUUUAGAGAAAAGUGGCUUAAGGACAUCAUUGAAAAUAAACUAAUCCUCAAGCGAAGCCUCACAUUUUAAUGAAUAGCUCCAACUCACAGACAUCGAUGCUGUCUUGGUAUUCGUGGAGGAUAAACACACACAACGAAGGAAAAAACGGCUCUUCCUUAUUAGCUUGUGGAUUACCUCGUGUAUGUGUAAGAAGCAUUAAACCUGUGCAGAAUCAUGCCCUGACCCAGCUGCUGGUUUUAAGUCAUAGUCUCCUGCAGGUAUAGGUUCACAGGACCAGGUCCCAGGGUGUAAACAGGAAGAAGCAGCUGGGCUGGAAAUGUUGUUUGCAAACAGGCCUGCAAGACUCUGGGGCAAACAUUAUAGGACUUAUUUUUGUUGUACAAAUGUACAAGACAUCUCUGCUGCCAAAACUACAACACAAAAUUGAGGGGGGGGGAAAGCCUUCUAGAAAACACUCUGUUUUUAAACACAUUUGAGAAAAAAUAAGCCUAAGGGAGUUACUUUUGGAAAUAUACAGUUGAAUCAAAGGUAGCUGCCACAGAAGAAUUACUUGAGUAGGCUUCCGAGUAUGGUGUUUAAAAAGAGUCAUGUCAUACUGCUGAAACAGACCAAAUUAAAAUAACACAGGAGUUAAAAUAAGGCUUUAAUCUAGAACACUUCCAUAGACCAACAAAAAAAAUAAAUUGAAAGAUACAUCCUCGUUACCACCUGCGUACAUCCAGGUUCCAAUCGCUGCACCACCACUCUGAUACCUAUGUAUAACAUAGCAGAAAAAGAAGCAAGCGACGUAGCAGUUCACCACGGGCUUUGAGAGAUUCAAGAUCAGACCCUGCUAUUAUUGUUACUGUUAUUUUAUACCCCAAUUGCAAUCUGCUUGCUUUAAAAUAACUGAAGCCAGUCUGUAUUAAAUUACAAAUUUACACCUAUAUACAGGAGUACUCUAAACCACAAAACAAACAACUGUUCUGAGAAAAAAAAUAAAUC